AUGUGGCCAGUUCCGAACUCGGGUCCAACUCCAACUCCAAGUUCAGAAAAUGAGGAAGACUGGACCCAAAUUACCGAGCCAAGGAUGAGGAAAAGAGUUCAGAAUCGUUUAUCACAACGCAAGCAUAGACAAAAAUCACGCGCUGAUUUCAAUGCUACCCAACACGAAAAUUUCUGGAAACAACAAGCUCCGCUGGAAAGAUUAUCACCACCCGGGUUGGGCCCUCUAACAAACAACUCUACUCCUCCACAAUUUAAUUACAAUAUUUCAAGUCCAUCAUCAUACCGGCCACCCUCUUCACGAGAACCCUGCUGGGAUGAUACCAUUCAAGUUGACAGCAUCCCACAAGAGAUAUUCGAUGCUAGCUAUGACGACUUCGACACUUCAUUUCCCCAUGCCACUUCAAUACUGGAAGCAGGGAAUUGUGUGCCUUAUACAAACAAUUCAGGAUCUCGGGCAAUCGAUCCUCUCGUUGAUCUGGUAUCACAACAGCAACCGCUCCCAGAGAUUAAGCACUGCAUCUCGAGAUACACUACUCCUCAUGACUGGGAGCUAGCCGACCUCAACAACAUCUAUUCGACUAAUGCGGCAAAUGCACCGAUCUAUCGUAUUACAGCUUCAUCAACGCCGCCAGAACCUGAUCUUCAGUCACCGUCGUGGCAACUAGACGAUAUCCCUGAGGCUCAAAACAGCAUCAUACUUCCCCCUCAAUUGCCUAAGAAGAAUGAACUUGAACACUCAGCAUGCUCACUAUGCGGGUGUCAUAAGAUAACACCUCUAGACAAAACCCAUAGUUCCAUUACGGCUAGCAACAAAGUUCAAUUAAGGCCAACAAUACUUCAGCAUUCUGGUUCAGAACUACCAUCUUCAAGUUCUCUAGUGCAUAGCCACGCAUUGUCAUCUACUCUCGCCUCAAGUAGUGGCACGAUAGACACUUUGCUUACAGAUGGACUGCCACUAGAUCUGGCCGGGUACAGUCUAGUCCUCGUCAAGAAACCACAUAUUACCUAUUGA